CAGCGUCUGCGGUAUAUUAAACAGUUGGGUGGCGCAUAUUAUGUGUAUCCAGGAGCCUCCCACAACAGAUUUGAGCACUCCAUUGGUGUGGCUUACCUGGCAGGAUGCCUCGUAAAGGAGCUACAGAAGAAGCAGCCAAAGCUGAAGAUAAAUGAACAAGAUGUUUUGUGCGUCCAGAUUGCAGGCCUGUGCCAUGACUUGGGUCACGGACCAUUUUCUCAUUUGUUUGAUAGAAUAUUCAUGCCUUUAGCCGCUCCAGACAAACACUUUGAGCAUGAAAACGCUUCUGUACUUAUGCUGGAAGAUCUCAUACUAUCCAAGGAAGGAUUUAUUAUGAACAUGAUGAAGGAUUAUGGCCUGAUGAGUGACUUGCCUGAUAAUGUUAAAUCUGAAGAUUUAAACUUGUCUAAGGAUUUUAUAUUUAUCAAGGAGAUGAUAGUUGGAUGUCCGGAGCGGCCUGAAGGACGUGGAGAAGAGAAACGUUUUCUUUAUGAGAUUGUGGCCAAUAAAAUAACUGGCAUUGAUGUGGACAAAAUGGAUUACUUUGCCAGGGAUUGUCAUCAUCUGGGAAUGCAAAAUAACUUUGAUUACAAGCGAUUUCUUGAAUUUGCCAGAGUCUGUGACACUCCUGAUGGGAAGCACAUUUGUAUUAGAGACAAGGAAGUCUGGAAUAUGUAUGAUCUUUUCUACACUCGGUACAGUCUGCACCAAAGGGCAUACCAGCAUAAAGUUGUUAAGGGCAUUGAAAUAAUGAUUGCCGAAGCUUUCUUGAAAGCCGAUCCACAUAUAAAGAUUAAAGGAUCAGAUGGGAAGUACUAUACAAUCUCUGGCUCAGUGGAUGACAUGGUUGCCUAUACUAAACUCACAGAUAACAUCUUUCAGGAGAUUCUACAAUCCACUGAUGAUGCCAUGGAGCCUGCCAGAGAUAUACUGAAAAGAUUAGAGCGCAGAGAACUGUAUGCGUUUGUGGGACAGACAAAGCCAAAAGACAAAGUUGAUAUCAAAGAGGAGGACUGUCUCGAACAACUGGCAAAGCACGGGGGGCUUACGUCAGAAGAUUUCAGAGUGCUUAUUAUUAGUAUGGAUUAUGGAAGCAAAGAUCAGAAUCCAGUAUCAAAGCUGUGGUUUUACCAGAAGACAGCAACAGACGUUGGUGUAAAAAUCCCACAAGACCAGGUUUCACUGAUGCUCCCAGGAGUAUUUCAAGAGAAGUUUAUUCGUGUCUACUGUACUGAUAAGAGUCGUUGGGAGGCUGCUAAGAAUUGUUUUAAGGAGUGGUGCGAUAGAGAAGGGUUCGAAAUAUCAGAACGCUGAGAAGAUUCAUAUUUGACACUGCUGAACUUCACACGGAUUGCCUAAAGACGACUGCAGCAGCUUAUUAUCUUCACUUACUUAAUUACACAUAGUUCAGCACUUGUAUCAAGUAGAUACUCUACAGUCUACAUAGUUUAAAGGGGUUGUCCCACGAAAUAUAUUCUAUAGUUUUCACCUAGAUCUGAAUAAUUUUGCAUUUAAUCACAUAUAAUGAAAAUGUUUGCA